CGCGGCGCUGUUUGGUCCGACUGCACGUGAACGCAGCAUCGGGGUCGGGGCUACCUGCCUGAGCCGCAAGGUGUCUUGUCUCCUCCUCCUCCCUUGUCGACGCCCCGCCCCCCUCGCCCACACACCGGAUCAUCCAGGAAGGAGAGAGCCCGAGAGGAGGAAGACGGCGUCCAGCGGCGAGAAGAAGAAGAAGAAGAAGAAGAAGCCUUCCCUGGACUUUCGACGGUGUCCCCACGCUUCAGUUCGGACGGAGACACACACACACACACACACACACACACACACACAGAGUCACCAUGCUGAUCACCGAAUACCGAAUCGUCCUGCCCAUUUCAGUGGAGGAGUACCAAGUGGGUCAGCUGUUUGCAGUAGCAGAGGCUAGUAAGAAUGAGACGGGCGGAGGAGACGGUGUGGAGGUGUUGAUCAACGAGCCCUACGAGCAGGAUGGAGAGAAGGGACAGUACACCCACAAGAUCUACCACCUGAACAGUAAAAUGCCACGUCUCAUCAGUGCACUCGCUCCGCACGGUUCUAUGGAGCUUCAUGAGAAGGCCUGGAACGCGUAUCCUUACUGUCGAACCAUCCUCACAAAUUCCUGGAUGAAAGAAAACUUCAUGAUUAAGAUCGAGACGUGGCACAAGCCUGAUAUGGGGGAACAGGAGAAUGUACACGGAUUAGACGAGAGCUCAUUGAAAAAAAGGAUAAUUGUUGACAUUGACAUUGCUGACAAGAAAUGCAUUAGCCCAAAGGACUACAAACCAGAAAUGGAUCCAGCCCUCUUUAAGUCGGAGAAGACGGGUAGAGGGCCUCUGGGACCCGACUGGAAGAAAGACCUUCCUAACAACUCCAACUGUCCACACAUGUGUGCCUACAAGCUGGUCACCAUUAAAUUCAAGUGGCUAGGAUUACAGUCCCAGAUAGAGAACAUGAUUCAAAGGAUGGAGAGGCGUUUGUUCACCAGCUUCCACAGAGACCUGUUCUGCUGGAUCGACAAGUGGAUCGAUCUGUCGAUGGAUGACAUACGACGGAUGGAGGAGGAGACAAAGGAGGAGCUGAAUAAGAUGAGGAAAAAUGACGAGCGUAAAGGCAGGGUCGGCGAUGAGUGAUUGCAACGGAUGGGCUAACACGGUUUUUCUCUGAGACACAGGAAGGUCUGACUUCCCUCAACAAGCUCAGCCUCCUCCUAGAACACUGUACCCAGAACUGCUGUGUAGGCAAACUCCACACCUACAUCCUAAUAAAUUUGCUCUUAAUAAGAGGUCAUUACUGUAAAGCCAUUGUUUGAAUUUUGUACUGCAUUUCUGGAGCAAAUUAUUAUUCAGUCCUCUUAAAUCUUAAAACACUGGGGAACAGGUGUGGGUUGUCUCCAAGGCAACAUAUCUGAAAACCGGAACUCUUAUUCUUUUGAAUGGCAUUCAUUUAGGUGUUGUUCUUUUCUUUGAUUUUUGAAUUUUCCAGUUCUUAGUGAUUUAUUGUUUACUGACAAGAACAAGGAACAUGUUCGACAAGCCUUUUGUCCACAUACAUGAGGUAGACCCGAAAGGGGGAAAUCCCACUAUUGCCCAAAAAAUAAAAUAGGCUUUGGCAAUAGAGCAAAUUUCUUUCCUGAUCUCACAAAGUAAAGCUAUUGCUCUGUUAUAUCAAACUGGAUAUUCCUCAUGACCUGGUGGCUGGAGUCAAAACCAUAACAAUCAGAGGCUAUUAACAGCACCGUCUUUUGGUCAGGUGGUUGGCUUAGCUUUUUUAUUCACAGCUUAAGGCUGAUGCUUUGGCUGAUGGUGAUGAUUUACUGUACGAGAAUCCUGACCUCUAACUGUUCGAAUGUUUCCCCCUGGCCUCUCAUUGUAAAUCUCGGCUUGUGUUCAAUGUUGUCUGGAUUUUAAUGUAACAAGAUCAUCGUGAUGUAUAUUAAAAAAAAAUGAUAUGUUGA